AUGAUUUCAACACUACUGGAUGGUACAUUUUCUAACCACAUUCGACACGAUUUUGACGAUCCUAUGUCAGGACUGUUUGGCUUAAAAUGGAGAUCUUUCUCAGCUGUUGAAUAUUUAAAUUUAAGCUCAUUUAUUACUCAAAAUAGUAUUGAAGCUGUCACUUGUUCUAAUGUUCGGCAGCUGAUUGAAGAACAUGUUGGUGGUUUUUGGAAGAACGACGGUACCAGUACGCAAAAAUACCCCAAAAAUCUUAUUAAAGAGUGUCUUCGUGAGCUGCUGGGCUCGGUCACAAACCUCCAUAUCUAUAUCGAUUCUUGUGAAGCAUUGCUGUAUUCGUUCGAAUUUGUUCGGCAACUCAAAGAUGAAGAUCCAAAUCUUCAUAUUGAAGUCUCUUUCAACGAAGAAGUAAAACAUCCACUAUAUCAAUCAGCCGUCAUUUUAGCAUUUGAAUGUAGUCGAAAUUAUGUUUUGGUAUUUGCUAAACUUGACGAAUUUCUCGAGCACAUGAACAACUGUACGUCAUUGGAAGAUAUUCAAGCAAAAGUGGAAUUAUCCGUUACUUCUGCCUAUGCUGUCAAUUGUGGACAAGAUGUCAAAUGGCAUCGAAAUCUAUCAUUUGUUUAUGUAGCUGCUUUUCAAGAUUCAGUAAUCAACCAAUUUGAAGCACGUCUUUUGGCUGCAAGUUUAAAAGAUAUCAAUUUUAUAUCAAAAAAAUUGGAACAGGUCAAUUUUGACGAACCGCCACAAUGUCAUACGAAUGAUGCUGUUAUUUGUUUCAAGUUUGAUCGUCAUCCCGACUCUUUCUACAGAAUUCUGCCAUUGCGGUCAGAGCUACUUGAUCAAUGGAUUUUUAAUGAAGACACCUCGAAAUUUACUGGACCCCUUGUUACUUUAUGCCCGAAUACAUCAAAUUAUACAAUAGAUCGUUAUACACAUCUUACAGUACGAACAGAUGUCGGUUCUGUGUAUAAUUUACUUUAUGAUUCUAUUUCAAUACUUUUUCAAUGGCGAAAUUCUUGA